AAACACAAAACCCAGAACCCUACCACUCCCACGUUGCCGGCAACCGCGGGCAAACAGCUACCGCCGCCGCCUCCACCUCCAGCCCGCCAUGGCUCUCCUUCUCAAGCCCAAGCACCACCUCUCCUCCGCCUCCCUCUUCCUCCGCCGCCUAUGCACCACCGAGCCAUUCACUGAGCCAAUCACCGAGCCGGCGCCCGCCUCCCCUCCGCCCCUGACGCACGAGGAAACCAAGCUCGUGGACUCCCUCCAAGCGGCCCUCCUCGACCACCGCCGCGCCCACCCGGCGACCCCGCUCCCCGCGUCCCCGCCCUUCGAUCCCCUGCCGUCACUCUCUACCACCCUCACAGGCCUCCUCCCUUCCACGCCUUCUCCGCAUCUCACGUUCCAUGUCUUUGGCCGCCUCCUCGCCCUCCGCCGCGGCAUCCCAUUCCCCGAGGCCCUCGCCUUCUUCAACCACGUCCUCCCGUCGCUUCCCACGGACUCACUCCCCGAACUGUACGCCUCUAUGAUGGACCUGCUUGCCAAGCACCACCACUUCCCGCUCGCCCGACACCUGCUCGACGAAAUGCGCAAGCGGUCCAUCCCUAUCUCGUCGCAGGUCAUCCUUGCUUUGAUCCGCCGUUACGUCCGGGCGGGGAUGUCGUCGGAGGCUUCCGACCUGUUCCGCAGCAUGGAGGAGUACGGCGGCGGGGUGCCCGAUCCCGCAGUACUCGCUUCUCUGCUUGGCGCACUGUCCAAGAAGAGGCUUGCCAGUGAAGCCCAGGCGUUGUUUGACAGCUACAAGUCUGUCUUUACACCUGAUGUUGUGCUCUACACGACUCUGGUGCACGCUUGGUGUCGCUCGGGUUGUCUCGAUAAGGCAGAGCAGGUGUUCGCGGAGAUGCAGCAGGCAGGAAUCAUGCCAAACGUGUAUACAUACACUGCCGUGAUUGAUGCAAUGUACCGUGCUGGUCAGGUGCCCCGUGCGCAGGAGCUUUUGUGCCAGAUGAUUGAUUCUGGGUGUCCGCCUAACACGGCGACCUUCAAUGCCAUCAUGCGUGCUCAUGUCAAGGCCGGGCGUUCUGAGCAGGUCCUGCAGGUGCACAAUCAGAUGCGGCAGCUUGGGUGCGAUCCAGACAUUAUCACAUACAAUUUCUUGAUGGAAACACACUGCGGGAAGGGGCAGAGCAACCUGGAUGCCGCGAUGAAAUUGCUCUUGAAGAUGAUUGCAAAGGGGUGUACUCCUGACUGCCACACGUUCAACCCCAUGCUGAAGCUGGUGGUCGUGCUCGGCAAUGUAGACGCCGCACACAAGCUGUAUGAACGAAUGCAAGAGCUGCAGUGCAAGCCGAAUGUCAUUACCUAUAAUUUGCUUAUGAAGUUGUUCGGUAAGGAUAAGUCGAUGGACAUGGUGCUGAGGAUAAAGAAGGACAUGGAUGCACAAGGGGUGGAGCCAAAUGUGAACACCUACGGAGCUCUAAUCGAGACAUUCUGUGGAAGAGGAAACUGGAAACGUGCGUAUGCAACACUGAGAGAAAUGCUCGAGGUAAAGUCCCUUAAACCCAAAAAACCGGUGUAUGAUAUGGUAUUGGUGCUGUUGAGGAAGGCCGGUCAGCUCAGGAAGCAUGAAGAGCUUGUGGAGUUGAUGGCUGAUCGGGGCUUUAUCAAGCGCCCAUCAGAUGAUGCCUUGUGGAGGGCAAUAUCUGCUUCUUGAUGUUUAUGUGUUAGAUUGUUAUUGGUGUGCAAUCUGAUAAGUAUUUUUUUUCUCUGUUGUAUUGUAUUCUAUUUCAUCGAGAAAUAAUAGUUCCUCCGUAAAAUUGAUAAACAACACCAAGAGUCUGUAAUUCUGAAUUCUCGCACUGCAAAUUUUGAAAAAUUUCUGUUCGAUACUCAAUAGCAACUUAUUAACCUA